UGGGCGUUAAAUAAAAAUUUGGAAUAAUUCCACCGCGGGGACGAGAGAGGAGGAGGAGGAGCACAGAGAUCUCGCUCGUUCGUUUCCCUCCGGAAAAUCAGUGAGAAAAGGAGAAUUUACAUCGGAUCCUCAUUAUAGAAAAAUUGGACUCUCUAUCUAGUCCACGAGUUUCGUUUAAUCACCCAACAACGCCUCUUCCUCAUUUUCGCUUAUUCGCUUUUUUUUUUCCCUAACCUCUCCCUCACAAGUUCGAUUUUUGAUGUUUGAAAUUGAGGAUCAGAUCUAGUUUUUUAGGAGAUAAGGCUGUGAGAGAGAUAGAUUAUUAUUACUAAUAUGUAUAUGGAUCGAGAGAGAAGGCUUUCUAAUCGCAGCAACAGCACUACUCCUCCUGAAUACACCAACCGCGACGAUAAUAAAAAUGGUUACGGAGGAGGAUUCUUCUCAGAUCGAUCACGCGAGAAGAGUCCUCCUUCUAGAUCGAAGAUUCUUCGUAUCCCGUCUCCGAACUCGUCUCCUCCGCUUUCCAGCUCUUCCUCGCCCUACCGUCGUGGUGGUUCUAACUCCCCUGACCGUGCCGGAUAUAUCGAGCACCGCGUCUCCAAGUUCGAUACUCUCGCCGGCGUUGCCAUUAAAUACGGCGUUGAGGUUGCAGAUGUGAAAAAGAUGAAUGGGCUUGUUACUGAUCUUCAAAUGUUUGCUCUCAAGUCUCUCCGGAUCCCUUUACCUGGAAGACAUCCUCCUUCUCCUUGUUUAUAUAACGGCUCCUUAAACCAUGGAGAGGGAUGUUCAUGCCACGAACUGGAAUCACAAAACGAUAGCAACAACAACAACAACGACGUGUUGGACUCUUUCCAGUCUCUGAGAUUAAAAUCUUCGGAGAAGAAAGUUACUCCCGCCAUGUACUCACUGCAAGGCUAUUACGGGCUAAAACCAGCAAACAGAACAGUUUCUGUUGGAGGAAGCUUAGAGAUGGGAAACUACAAGACGGGAAACAACGGUGAUAGUCAAUACCUCAGACCUUUCCCAUCCACUAACGCUCCCUUGAAUCACCACAGGAAAUCCAGAAGCUUGGUCAAUGCACUUCUCGAAGAGGUCAACCAGUCACCUGAUUACAACACCUCUCAAGAACCGAGUUCAAAUAAGUUUAUGAGAAGACGCCAAAAAUCUGAAGCCGACUUUUCAUCCCGGACUCCAGAGCUUCUGUUGAAAGACGAGAACAGUAGCAGCAGCAAUGGAGGGUUCUUAUCAGUAGCAGGAAAAGGCUUAGCUUUGAGAUCCAAAGCCUCGAGUAGAACUAAUCUAUCAGCAGAAUGUGAGUCCAGUAAUUUCAAUCCGGUACCAAUCAGCUUGUUGGAUGCUCCAGUUUCAGACAGCUUUUCCAGUGUAAGAAAAUCUUCAAGUGCAUCGAGUCUACAAGAUCCAGACGGCAACAGCAAUAACGGUUCAUCAUCGCUGUCUCUAUGGCCGACUUCUAAAUGGAGUUUGAAACCUGAUUUGCUUACACCUGCGGCUAUUACAAGUUCAAUUUUUGACGGAUUACCAAAGCCUUUAACUGGUCGGAGAAACAAAACGGCAAUGGACUAAGGAAAAUGGUCAGUUUCUCUGUUAUUUUAACUGUCCCCAUUCUUUUUGUUGAAACUAUACAAAUCAAAAGCAGAACAAGCUUUUAGGCUUUAAUGCAGAGUAAAUAGAAGUAAAGAGAGUAGAGAACAUUUGAAGAUAGAAAAACUUGCUUGUGAUGGUGAAUGUAAUGAUUGGUUCUUUUUUGUAACUUACAAAAAAAAAUUCAAUAUAAUGAACAUUGGCACACA